AUGAAGGCCUUCAUCUCUAUUUUAGUCUUGACUGCUUCGGUUCUUGCGGAGCCGGAACCCAGCAAGGUGGUCCAGAAGAGGAGUGGGCUCGUCGGUCACUAUGGCGGUCUUUACAGCGGAGGUCUGGGCUAUGGAUACGGUGGUUACGGCUCUGGAAUAUCUGGUGGAUACGGAAUUGGUGGCAUCGGUGCUGGUAUAGGAGGAAUCGGUGGGGCGAUAGUCGGUGCCGAUGUCCACACAACUGUCACCAAGCACGUCGGUGUUCCGGUACCUGCCCCAUAUCCAGUAGCCGUUGACAGACCAGUGCCAGUGCCUGUUAAGGUGGCUGUUCCAGUACCUGUAGACAGGCCCUACGCUGUACCAGUGCCUCGCCCGUACCCGGUGACCGUUGAAAAGCAUGUUCCUGUACCAGUUGAUAGACCUGUACCCGUACCAGUGCCUCAUGCUGUACCUUACCCAGUUGUUAAACAGGUGGGAGUACCAAUUCCAGCACCAUACCCUGUACCAGUUCCAAAACCAGUAGCAGUUCCAGUACCUCACCCCGUAGCAGUUCCAGUCUCCACUGGAUACGUUUCGUCUGGAAUCGGUCUUGGUGGCUACGGAGGUGGUUACAGCAGCUAUGGUGGGUACGGCGGUGGGUACAGCAGCUAUGGCAGUUACGGUGGCAUCCACGGUGGUAUCCAUGGGCACAAAAUCUGGUAA